CUAGUUGUUACAUUCCUCACAGUGAUGAAUUCCAGUGAACAUGCAUCUUUUUCAGGCUGCAUCUCCGUGUUCCCAGAUUACAGUUGAUUCUGUCGCGUUGUGGACACCCUCUUUGCUGAUGGGGGGUGAACUGAUGACCCAGUGUCAGCUGUAUAUGACGCCGCCACCAGACAGGAGACAGAAUCAGCCCUUCUCGCUGCUGAUCCAGGGCAGACGCGAGUUAAAAUGGCGCGAGAGGUGGACUGGUCUGGCUCCUCAAUGAACUGAAGGGAGAGUGAAGCGAUGUGCUUUGCUGCCUGUCUGCUGAACGGAACGGAAGAGUCCAGUUUCUGUCUAAGACGGACUGCCUUUGCUGUGUUGAAAUUUGGGACUUGGUACAAAGUAGUUGAUCAAAUACAACUUAUUCUCUGAAGACCCUUCUCUGAAUCACAGCAGUUGACUUUUUAAAAAAUUGGAGAUGGUGUAACUUCUUAUAAAACAACCUUUUUCUUUACUGGAGCAACUUCCAUUUGGCUUCUGUAGAUCAGUUUUCUGCACAUUGUAAAAGAAUAAGAACCAAUGAAUAACUAAUGCACGAUGCUGAAAUUUAAGAAAUUUAAAAAUGCAGCUUAAAUGGUUACGAGUGCUGUUGCCAAAACUAGAAAACCUUAUCGGAAAGAGGAGUUUUGUUCACAGUACCACAGACGUUUCAGUAAAAUGUAGUUUUGGAAGAAAACAGACCGCAAGGAAGACCAUGGCUAUCAAGAGCUACUUCAGCUCUAAGAAACAGCAAUCAAAAGAAAAUAUGAGAACAAAUAAAGAGAAAAUAGAAAUCUGUGAUCACGUAGGAGAAUGUGGAAAAGAGAUAAAUGAAAUGUUGGUAGUCUGUGUUAAAUGUAAAGAUAUCCAGCAGUUUGGCUUUACAGAACUUCAGGAACACUGCCAACAAAAUCAUCCAGAAGACAAACCUAUUUUUGUUUGUAGCAGAUGUGGUUUCACUGUGGAUGAUGUGGAACAAAUGAAUGUGCAUGCAUUUUCACACACAAUGGACCAAGCAUUAAACACCGAACUUGGUGCCAACAAAGAAGGUCUUGCCUUGAUUAGAGAAAUGGAACUGCAUAAAACCAGGCAUUUAAAGCCAGAUACCUUGUAUUGUAAUAAGUGCAGAUUUUCAACAAAAGAUCCACUUCUCUUUCAGAAACAUAUACUGAGACAUGAAGAAAUUCAAUAUAAAUGUGGACGUUGUGAUCGUGUCUGUUACACCAGGGGAGAAUUCCAGCGCCACUCUGUGCAACAUACUGGAACAUUUCCCUUUAAAUGUAGAUAUUGUGAUUAUGGUGCAGUCCGAAAAGAUUAUGUUGUGAAACACACAAAGGGAGUCCACAGGGACAUCAUAAAAAAUGGUGGGACUGCACUGGUUCUCCCAAUGAGGAAAGGCUGUAAAAAAAAGACUUCCUCCAAAGCUAAGACCAUAUCCAAAGUGAAACCAACAAUAACUGCACAAAAUGAGAAUUCUACUAAUGUUAGAACACAUGAUAAGAUGGUAAAUUCAGUAGCUUUAAUUUCUAAUCCUUGUAGCACUUAUCAAAUGCAAGGUGAGUCUGUGGAAGAACACCAAUAUCCAAAUGUAAAUAGUGUCAAUGAAAAUAAAAGUGUGGAUAAAUUCUUUGUACAAAAUAUUAAACACUUGAAUUGUCCUCCCACUGAUGCGAGAAAGAAUCAGCUACAGGUACUUGCUCCGUCUAAGCAUGCCCUUCAGCCCGGUACACCAUUAACAUUGAUUGCUCCAGCACAGAUGGUUAUUCCCUCUAACUGCUUGGCUCAACUAAUAGAAAUAAAAACUGUUAAUGGGAAACAACAGUUAGUAUUCAAACUAAUACCACAAGUUUCGGUAGCUGGUGUAACAGGAAUGUCUACAUUUCCAGUACAAGAAAUACAGCAUGUGAAUUCAGAAAUGGCACAGCCACAAAAGAACAGUGUGUCAAAUAAUUCUACAACACUACUGACCGAAAUUGUGGAUUACAGUGAGUUACCCUUUGUAGAUUCUUUCAAUGAAGUUGAAGCUGAUGACAAUAUUGAAAUGAAUACUAAACUGCUCUUUUCAAAUCCUCAAUCUUCAUUUAGUGAAAAGCCAACUACUAGUACUUCUUCCAUUUUGCAGAUUAAAAGCAAAGAUAGUCCAAACCAGGGUAAGGAUGUAGCUGUAGAACAAUUACAAGGCAGUGAACCAACAGAAGCUGACUUGACCUAUAGUUUUCAACGAGAUCCUCUUGCAACCACAGAUGUUUUAGAUGAAAUGAUGCAUUAUCUUCAGCAAGAGGCUUUAAACCACAAAACCACUUCGAAAAGUCUUAAUGCAAAUACGCAAGAGUUACUGAAUCAAAUUGACAAGAAGUUGUUAAUGUUUCCUGAAUCUAAGGAAAUGCAAAAGAGUACACAUUCUUUUUCAUCUUGUAAGGUUGCUGCCAGUAAUGAGCAGGAAUGUGUUUUACAAGAUCAUUUUUAUGUUCCGCGAUUCAAGAAUGAAAAUAUGCAUAGCAUUGAAGAUGUUAUCUCUGCUGGUCCAAAUUUCGAGACAUCAUUUUUGCAGCUGCCUGUGGCUGUGCCAGUGUUGGCUAAAAAAGGUAUACAUUUGUGUGAUUCUCAAGUUUUGAGAGAUUCCAAUUGCAAAACUGCUAUCAAAGCAAUUGAAUCUUUGCCAAAUGAUGCUACUAAAGCCAACACAGAGCACAAUGUGAUGGAGGGUUGCAAGUCACUUGACGUUAGUAAGAUUUUACCAUGUCAACUAUCCCCCACCUUGUCCAGCAAUCACACAACAGUGGCUUCCAAAUCCAUUGAUCAUCUGAUUACACCUAAAUGUUCUUCAUCUGUAAAACCAACCAAAAUUGUACCUGCAAGUGUGUUUCACGCAGACUGUUUGAAGUGCCAGUGUAGUGAUAGUGUUGCUAAGGACCUCAGUAAUCCUGAAGUUUGUAAAAGUACUUUUGAAAGUCAUUGUAUGUGCUCUACUGUGAUACAGAACCAAAGAACUUCAUCUGGUCAAGAUCGCAAUGAUGUACAUUGUGGUAACAGUUCAUAUUGUAUGUUGGAAAAGUAUGAAAAUAGUAGAACAAACCCAGACUUGCCUCUUCAAUCAAAUGCAUUGAAGUCGAUAAAAAUAAAUACAAAUGAUAAUAAAAUUAUGCCAGUAUGUGAGAGUGCAAUUUUGCAUCCAAACAUAAAUGACCAGAUUUUACAAGAAAUGCCUGUUGGCGUAAGUGCAUCAGGAGCUACUACUGAUUCACUUAACAAUGUAACAAUGAAAAGUGUGACAUUUGUAAGUGAAAUGCAAUCACCAUUGCAUGAUAAGAGUGAAUUAACCGAGGACGAUACAUUACAAGGCUUUGCAAUUAAUUCAGACUUCAAUGAUUUGAAUAACUGGCAUAAUCUAGAUACUGCUGGGUCUGCUGAUAAUCCUCCUGAUGGUGAACAGUGGCCUGUAAUUUCUUCAGUGUUUUCUCUUAGUUGUGGUUUGAAUGAUGUUCCAGAGAGUAUUCAAUGGGAUAAUGAUCAGUGCAUCAAUUCUACUUCAUUCACUACUGCACAAGAGAUUCUGAAAACUAACCCAUGUCCUCAGAUUCAAGCAAAUAGUAAAAGCCUCACUCUCCAGUUUGAAAAAAGACAUAUAUGUGAACCCUCAGGCCACAGGAAUUCAGUGUGUCUGCAAGCAUCUAAUGACAGAAACUUCUGUACAGUAUCAAGUCCAUCAGCAGUGAUAAAUGGAAAUUCAUUUCAAUUAUUCAGUUGUAUUAACAUGGCUGAUCAUCUUUCUUUAUUACCACCAUUGACUCCUUCUCUACCACCAAUGUCACCUGUUGAGAAUAUGGAUUGUUCUUCUGCAAAUCAGUUUGAACAGUUUGUUGAUGAUGUCCAUGCUUUCCAGAAUUCACGUAACCUAUAUUCUAAUGAAUUUUAUUUAAAUCAACCUAGCUUGACUUCCACAAGCACUAGUACGGCAGUGGAGUAUAGCGCACUAGUGGAUAGUUUUGUACAGAGAAAUUCAAGGGAUGUGCCUAGUACUACAGGAAAUACAUUAACUGGUUCAACACAAAGCUGCCAAACCAAACCCUUUUCAUCCCCAAAACAUAAUCAUUUUCCAAAUUUGUCCUUGAAAGAUAUAUCCCUUCAAAGUAAGUUAUUUGAAAAUACUUUAUGCUCAAGUAUAGAUGGAGUUGAUGAGCCUUCAAUUUCCCAUAACUUCAGUGACACUAUAUUUGCUUCCACUGGAAUAACGUCAAAUACUUGUAAACAAGUUUCAACUGUUAAUCAAUCACCAGUGGCACUUGCAGAGAUUUGCAAACCAAACAUCAGUUCAAAGGGAUCUUCCUUUAAUCGAAAUGUUUCUCAUUCUUUUACAAAAGUACAAGAAGACAUGCCUACAACUAGUGCAUCCUCUUUGAAAGUUUGCCACCAGUAUAAUUUGCAAAGCAAAACUUCUUUGUUUCCUUUAAGGACAGGUACAGAUCCUAAGAAUGUUAACUGUACUGAUGCUGUUGAGAAUCUAAAACAAAUACCUUCCAAAGUCGGUAAAACUAUGGUGCUCCCAGAAAAGGUAGUACUUCCAUCUGCAGCAACACUACAGAGUGUUUCACUGUCAACCUUUGUUUUAGACAACCAAAGCAAUCGUUCCAAAGUUCAGUUAAAACCUCCUAACAAAACUCAUUCUGUUUUACCCCCUUGUAGCCAACAAAGUACAUGCUAUCAUAAAGUAGCAGAAGAUGUACCUAGCCAAACUGAACAGGCUGUAAGUUUGGUUCAUCUUCAGAAUGCUGCUGAAAUUGUCAAAGUUGUACCAAACUCUUCUCGUGCAAACAAUUCAGAAGGUGAUAGUUUGGGACAAGGUGUGCAAAACGCUGUUCUUCCAGAACUGCAAUCCAAAUCAGAAAUGGCUUCAUCCCAUCUUUCUGCAGUUUUGCUCAAUUCCUCAAUGAGCCAAGUUAGUCCUGAAAACACACCACCUUCUCAAACCAUAGUAAAAGACCCGAACUAUUAUAAACAUGAAACAACUUACAAGAUUGUUUCAAGUGACAUCGUGCUUAGAGUACUGAGUGCUGCUGAUAAUUUCAAACAGAAAGCUUCUACAAUAAGUUGUCAUUCUGUCAACCCAUCACAAAACCUUGGAGUAUUGUGUCCCACAACUGUUUCAUGUAGCACAGCAGAAAAAUCAGAACUGCAGGCAUCAGCACUGACAAAGAAGUCCCCAGUUUAUGCUGAACUUGAUUCAGUAAAUAAUUGCUGUUCUAAGAUAAAAUGGCAGGUGAACAGUAACUGUGAUCAAUCUCGUGUUUCAGUUAGACCAAACACGUUUAACACUAUGUCAGUUAAGACAGCUGCUCGCCAGAAUUCUCGAUCCUUGAAGACCAGUGCAGAUGAACCUUUGAAGCACAGGAAUACGAGAAAAAAAAUUCCUGAUCAUAAUCAGGAUGAAAUCCUCUUAAAAAAGAUAAAAAGACCGUACACCUUUGUUCCUGUUACCACCAAUCAAUGUGAGAUAUUAAAGACUGCCCGCAAACUAAGGCUGAAACCAUUUCAUAAAAGUCAGUUGGUAAAAUGCCCCCGUCGCAAUCAGCCUGUAGUUGUAUUAAAUCAUCCAGAUGUAGAUGUUCAAGAGGUAGCUAACGUAAUGCAAACAAUAGGCAAGUAUAGAGGAAAUGUACUCAAGGUGGUUUUAUCUGAAAGAACUGUUAUUUCUCUUAAUUUAAAGGAUAGGCAAAGGCAGGAAUUUGAAAACAGAGGUAUUUUACUUGACAAAUGGCAUAACUGUAAAACAGUUAGUCCAGUGAAGGAAAGACAUAUGUUGAAAAUAAAAUUAAAGAAGAUCCAUAAAAAUAAUUAUCAGGUAGUUCAAAAUGCCCAGGAUGAGCAUUUGCAGUUUAAGUUUCACUGUUGGUUUUGUGGACGGAUGUUUUGUGAUCAAGAAGAAUGGAUUGCUCAUGGACAACGCCAUUUGAUGGAAGCCACACGGGACUGGAAUGACGUUGCCGCUCUUCAAGAAAUUACAGAAGUAUUGAGAGGGCAAAAGAAAUCAGAUGUGUAAUACUAGAUUAGUUGAAUUUGUCGUGCUUCAUGAUUCAGUUGAUUUUGGAAUAUAAACUAGUACACAAGAUCAAAAUGAGCAAGUAUUAUUUAUUAUAUGUGACUUGUUCAUUCUUGUUUUACCUUUGGUUUUAACUGUUCUUAUUGCAAAAAUGGUGUAAAAUCGUAUUGAUCUUUUGAUUUAGCAAUAGGUUGACUACAAACUCUGCUGUUCCUUUGGUAAAGUAAGAGACAAAGAUCUGCCAAGAAGGAAGAAUUAUUAUUAAAGAUGUAUAUUUUCUAGGGCCAUCUGAAUGUUUUGGUACAUCUGAUUAUACCAAUUUUAAAGUAAGAUAUAGUCAUUCUACACUAGGUCACCCUGAUUAAUGUGGUUUAAUUUUAAAGUUAUUUCCUUCUUGGACCUGCUCUUCUGAUUUAGGUUGCAGUUUCUGUUUUUAGGUUGUUGUGCCCCAUCACUGUUGGCAUCCUCGUUGGAUGUAUACCCGUGAUGGUGACCUGUUGGUGAAUCCUGUGACGUGAUUAUUUUGGGGAGCCUCUUCUCUCCUUGAAGUACUUUCCGUUUUACUGCCUGGUCAUCUCAUUGCUUCCCCACUCGAAUUCUCCCGCUCUGUUUCACUCCCCAAGACCCUAUCUCACAGCUUCCUUGCUUGCUUCUUCCUUUUCACCACUACUAUUCAGUUAGCAUUGAGAUAAGGAAUGAGCAAAUAGAAGUGUUUAAGUUGGGAAGUGGUGAGCUGCAAUGUGUGGCUGGGUAAGGAAACCGCCGAGAGAAAGAAAAUGAGUCAGCCUGUUGGAGUGAUAGCAAGUAGUUAAGUGGACAGAGUUAAUGUAUAGUAUCUUUAAAGUUUUAAAUUUUGUAUUUUACAUGUUGUUUGAUGUGUUUCAACAUGUAGGUGUAAUACUUUAAUGUUUCUCCUGAGUAACAGAUCCUGCAAGAUCUAACAACAGCUUCUCUGUAACUCGUUAUAAAUUUGCAAAAAAAAUAACAAUUUUCAGAAGUGCAGCCACAACUUUGGGUCAGGAUUUAGAGAGAAAUAAGGUGGCAGAAUUUACAGAUUUUAUUCAAAUUUCACUCUGGUAACUUCCUUGUAAAUUUUGUUGUUGUUUAAUACUUUUACAUUAUGUAAACAUGAAUAAAGUUAACAGCAUUGUGUUAAUUUACUUAUUAAAAUUGCACAGUAUAAUUUGAUUAACUCAUAUGUUUUUAAUCAAUCCAUGGAAUUUAUAAUAAUA